UUAACUCAUCAAGUGUCGAAUCACCCUCCCCCUGCCUCCAGCCGUCUCGAUCACUCAGGAGCGAUUAAACAUACCUGGUAACUUAGCAACGGCGGCGUUCAGGCCUCAAGCCUCUCAUAAAUCAGCGAUAGCAAGCAAAAAAUGUUUGCUGCCCAUUGAAAUGGAAAGUUUUGGCAAGUGGGAGAAUUAGCAGCUUGGGGAAGUGUGAAGUGCUUUAUUUUGACAGCAGCGAUAAGAAGACACCACCGAUGUUCUGGAAGCUUAAUUUUACAAGAUGUCAAAUCAUGAAUGGACACGAAUAUUAACUGGUUUUGGCAAAGGCUGCUGCACCAACACAAUUCUUACUGACCAGGCCAAGGAAAUGACUGUUCUCAGGGACCAACCCUACAGGACAAAUGUUGCGAAGGAGAUGCAGCCUGAGAGCCACCUUGGGGCCAGAGCUAUGCAUAAAAGUACAUUGACAUUGGGAAAAAAAUCUGCAGUAUCAGAUUAUACAACCUCCUAUAAGCAAUACUUUAUUAGUCAGAAAGCUCAACCUAUAUUCAAAUUUUCUGGUUACCCUGAUGAAAUAAAACACCUUGGUGUGAAUACAGAUGGAAAAGAACAUCUAACUACCCACAGAGAAGCCUUUUUUGUUAAAGAAGUUAUACCACGCAGAAUUCUGAACAAAACAGUUGCUGAAAAUCGAAUGAAAAAUACACGGGGGCUAGCAAUGAAGAAAAUCACCAGCCCUGCUAGUGGCAGGGCAAGUUACUGCACUGCUUAUUCCUCAGUGCAUGGUAUCAGAGCCUAUCAUCCAACAUCUGCUCAUAUUGCUGAAUUUCAGCCAAAGAGACACACACAUAACAUCAUUACUGGUGAGGAAGGCCCCAAUGUUCAACCCACAAACUACAAGAGAAAGUCAGGAGAUUGGCUUCAACAGUGUUCAAGGCAACGUGGAUGUUUUUAUGAUCGUUUCUUUUUACACUGAGCGUAGAACAGUUUAAUCACUAUUUAUAAUAAGAGUAGAAUCUGGCUCUAACUCACUAUGUGGCUCCUUCAAAUUUCACAACUUGUCAGAUUUUAUUAUAUUAACAAAUCAAGCUCAAACUGGAAAUGUUUUUGAUUUGUGAUUGAAAUGAUAGUUGAGUUGAAUGAUUUUUCUGUAUAUAUAUGUAUAACAUUGUUAACCGUUCUAUAUGUCAUCACUGAGUAAGAUGUCAUGUAUUAUAUGUAUAACAUUGUUAACCCUUCUCUCUGUCAUCACUGAGUGAGAUGUCAUGUGUUAUAUCAGUCUUUAAAUUGACAAUGUAACCAAUGCAAAUGUAACAUAGCACUGAGCAACUCUAGUGUACUUGGUACUUGGUACAUGUGACAUUGGAUUGGUUCCCUGGAAACAAUCAAAUUGCAGAAUUUUGGAAUAAGUUUGAAGACAGGGAGAAAAAUAUUCAAAUAAACCUUAGUUACAAAAAGGUCAUUAAGUGCCAAGUCCUCUAAUACAACACUAAUUUUUAGAUUGUCUAAUCACACUGUGACAAAAUCUGCAGCAGGUGGAACUUGAACCAGGGCAUCCCCUGGCCCAGAGGUAGGGGCAUUAAUCACUGUGCCAAAAGACCUUUGAGUUUUCAGUUCUAUAACUGAGAAUUACAUUGUGUGCACAGUAUGCAAACAGGUCAUUUGGCCUCACUUGUACAGACCUCGUCCAACAUCGCUCCUCUAAUCUGAUUAGUAAAUCUUAAUUCUUUCUCAUUUAUGUAUUUAUCUAGUUUUCUAUUAAUUGCAUUUCUGCUAUUCACCACAAAUCCUCCAUGCGGACCAAGUUUCCCAUUGUGGGUAUGGGGUAAUGAUGUAUGUCGUAGAGGCUAAAAUCUGAGCAGUUCAGUUUGAGCAUUAAUUGGGAGUCUCCCAACUUGUUAAUGUCACUGAUAACAAAGUGUGGAGCUGGAUGAACACAGCAGGCCAAGCAGCAUCUCAGGAGCACAAAAGCUGACAUUUCGGGCCUAGACCCUUCAUCAGAGACGGGGAUGGGGAGAGGGUUCUGGAAUAAAUAGGGAGAGAGGAGGAGGCGGACCGAAGAUGGAGAGAAAAAAAAGAUAGGUAGAGAGGAGAGUAUAGGUAGAGGAGGGGGGGAGGGGAUAGGUCAGUCCAGGGAAGAUGGACAGGUCAAGGAGGCGGGAUGAGGUUAGUAGGUAGGAAAUGGAGGUGCGGCUUGAGGUGGGAGGAAGGGAUGGGCGAGAGGAAGAACAGGUUAGGGAGUCGGAAACAGGCUGGGCUGGUUUUGGGAUACA